CAAGACGAGCAACUGCACCUCAGACUGGGAUGGGCAGAGCAGCGCUUCUCCGCGCACAAGAGCAGACGGAUGUCAUUUAUGGAAUAAAUAUAUUGGGAUGUACUAGAAUGUCCUAGAGAGAGCUCAGGAGGAAAAGAGGAGGCCUGGUUAAGUCAAGAUGAGUUUGACAUCCUGGUUCUUAGUGAGCGGUGGGGGAAUAAGACACCGCCUUCCCCGGGAAAUGAUCUUCGUGGGACGGGAUGACUGUGAGCUUAUGCUACAGUCUCGUAGUGUUGACAAACAGCACGCUGUCAUCAAUUACGAAGUAGCUACAGAUGAACAUAAAGUUAAAGACCUGGGCAGCCUGAAUGGGACCUUUGUCAAUGAUGUUCGUAUACAGGAACAGCAAUAUAUUACUUUGAAAAUGGGUGACAAGCUACGGUUUGGCUAUGAUACCAACCUAUUUACCGUAGUACGUGGAGAGUUACAUGUUCCAGAGGAAGCGCUGAAGCAUGAAAAGUUCACCAGUCAGCUUCAGCUAAACAAGAAGCCUUCACCAUCAGGGGAAACCACUGAAAGUCCAGAGGUCAAAGGGGCAGAGGGAGGAAAAGAUGCUGAGGUUAGACCUUCAGAAUCAGCAUCAAAGACAGAAGAGAAAAUGUCAGCAGGAGACAUAGCUGUGCUCCACAGAGGAACCCCUCUUUAUGGACAGCCAUCUUGGUGGGGUGACGGGGACGCAGAUGAUGAAAAUUCUGCAACGCACGAUGCAAAGGCCUCUGAGCAAAAACAAGUUAGAUGUGAAACAGGCCAUAAAGACACUGCAGCAAAGCAGGAGAUGGGGCCAGUAGUCACAACACAGAAUUUGGGGACCCAGGAACCAAGCUACUUUGAGAUCCCCUGUAAGGAGACUCCUUUAGUCGGAGGUGACACAGGAGAAAGCAUCCCUACCAGCAGCUUAGAGGCAGUUGCGUCAGCUUCCACAAUCCCUGCGUCGGAGGGUGGAGCACAUGGACAUGCCUCCUUCACUAUUGAGUUUGACACAGUGGCUUCAGGGAAGGGCAAAGAGCGAGCCUCAAAGGGUACCCAAGAUCAUCGACAGCGGCCGAAAAGAGGGGCAGGAGAGGAACUGAGUGCCUUGCAGGCUGCUAUGGUGGCAGCGGAGGUAAAGGUGGCGGACUGGCUGGCACAGAAUGAGCUGCCACUGGCCCGCUCUGAAUCUGUUGCUGAGGAUGAUGGAGACAGCGUGAAGAGUGAUGUGCCAGUUCAGCUGAGGAGCCUAAGAGGCAGUAAACAUGAAGAUGGCACACAGAGUGACUCAGAGAAUGCACUGGGAGAGCAGCUCAGUAACCGGAGGGCAUUCCUGCAGGAGCGUUAUAGAGGAAGGCAGGGUGUGCAGAAGACAGAAGGCCUUUUCUGUGGGAGGGAAGAUCUCUUCCAGCACAAACCAUCAUCUGUAGCUAAAAAGAUGGAACCAGUAGGAGGUGAAGUUGGCAAAAGAACUAACCGUUCUUCCCCACAGAAAACCAACGUGCCCAGAGAGCAAAGCACUGGGUCUCAAGAGACUCCAAGUAGGGGACAUAUAGAUGACCAAAGCGACAGAGGGACCUACACCAUUGAACUGGAAAAUGGCAAUGCUGAGGAGGAAGAGGCCAGGCGUAUGAUUGAUAAGGUUUUUGGGGUGGAGGACAACCAAGCCCUGACUAAACUGCGUUUUCCAAAACACCAGAAAGAUAGAGGAACUAUCUGUCCAAGAUCUGGAUCCAUGGAAAACAGACAAACUGGUUAUGUGGGUGCAGAGGUGCUACCAGAUGACUUGGUUGUAGUAGGUGGUCCAAGGUGGGUCUCACAGUGGGCUAGCCUAGCUGCAAGUCAUAUACGGACCGAUCCUGAGGGAUCUGGGGCUGAACCCACCAUGUUUUCCACAGAUGAAAAAGCUGAUAUCAAUGCGUCUGAACGUAAGAGAAGAACCCUCCCGCACCUCCCUUCUGAAGACUCUGCUAUGGAUCCACUGGCUCCUGAGGGCACACAGUGCCAAUUCAGACGACCAGUCCCUUCAUCAGAGAAACAAGAUCUAGAACUUCAGGAGAAAGUAGAUAAGCUCAAUAGAAUCUCUAAAACUGGACAAAGAGUUUCAGGAAUGGCCACAGCUGUCAUGGAUGUAGAUCGGUCCAAAGUGAACAAGCCAACUCCACCCAGAAUCCAGAAUAAAGUUGGGCAACAGGGAACUCAUGCUAGACAAAUCGAGAAGAAACAAGAAGAUGGGAGACGAAAGAAGAGUGAUGAGGACCGAGAGAAGACAGGGAAGCCGUUACUGAGGCAAGAGAGCUUUACAGUGGAACGGCCAAGUGCUAAUGUUCCCCUAGAGCUUAUACCUUGCAUCGAUGGGCCGGGUGCCUCAACCCAGCACAAGGAAAUGGCUGUCAUCAAUGAGGGCAUUGAUGCUGCCACCAUGCUAAAAGACUCAGAGGCUGUGGCUGCUUUUCUGGAAACCACUUUAUCAGACCUUGCAGAUCCACCGAGCUACUCCCUGGAGGGGUCUGUCUCACCUGAAUCUGACAUUGAUACAACAAGCACAGUCAGCCAGGCUGGGGGAGAAGGAGGGCGUAAAACAGCCCAAAGGAAACGUUCAGCUGGAGGUCCAGGCCGUGAAACAGCCACUAAGAACACCAGCGGCAUAGAAAGGAAAGGCAAAACUCAGCCCUCUGGCUCAGCUGGCUCCAGGGCUUGGACAUCUCUCGAUCUGACAGAUGAUGACUUAAGCUCUUCACUUGCCCAGGACGCUACUUUGGUAAAACGACCUCAGGGCCGGGGUCAAAAUAUCAGCUCUAAGACAGAGCUGACAAGUGGCAAGACCAAAGGAGCAAAGACGACUGUAGCUCCUGCACCAGCCACCUCUAAACCAUCAACCCUUCCCCGGCCCAGACCCACACGAUCUUCCCUUCUUCGCCGUGCACGACUGGGUGAAGCUUCUGACACAGACCUCGCUGAUGUCGAUCGUAUGUCUGUUGCUUCAGAGGCCUCUACCGCCAGUUCUGCAUCGAGACCUUCGGCUGGACGCAGGACCCUCUCUCGGAUUGAAGCACUUGCUCAGCCACGAAGGCCAAGAGUGUGCUCUCCUUCAGCUCGAAGUGACUCGGAAGCUACAUCAGGCAAGAUCAGGGGCUUUGCCCCACGCCCUGCCCCAGAGAGUGCUCUACGACUCGGUCUCCGCUCUACAGCAGCCUCAUCCUCUGUGGUCGUCCCCAGAGCGAGAGCUAACAGCGCUUCCAAACUGCCUGAUAAGUGUCCUGGUGCUCCCAAUGUUCAAAAUACACCUGCAGCUGGUGGAAGGUGGCGCCGGGUACCUAUCGAAUAUGCUUCUACCUCAGAGGAUGAGUAUGGCUCCAACCGUCACUCCACUCAGCACGGUCGUCUGCGUCCAAUGGCUCCACGGGUAACCCAGCUAGGGGGUUCAGCCCCUGCAACACCCAGCCCUGGAGGCAUCCCCAUGCUACGACACCAGUCUAGCAGAGAGCAGGAUGAUUACAUGAGAGACUGGACUGCCCACAGUGAGGAGAUUGCCAGAAUCAGUCAAGACCUGGCUAAGGAUCUGGCCAUGUUAGCACGUGAGAUUCAUGACGUUGCCGGAGAGAUUGACUCUGUUAGUCCUUCCUCUGCUCCCUCAGCUUCAGUUGAGGAUCGUGUGUUUGAGGAUGUUCUAGGCAGUGCUCCAGAGAUCAGUGGCAGAGGUGUGGAACUAAGACCUCGCGGUGCAAUCAGCAGUCAAGAUUCUCGCGCCAUCCGCCGUAGGACCUGGAGCAGAGAUGAGGGUGUGCUGGACAGUUUGCUGUUGGCAUCAGUCUCUCAGCUCUCAGCAAAAAUCAAACAGGCCAUGGAGAAAACAGCCAACAAAAUCAGGAUUUUAUUCAAAGACAAGGACCGAAAGUGGGAAGAGAUUGAAAGCAGACUGCAGGCAGAGAAUGAGGUGCCUCUCCUCAAGACCUCUAAUCAGGAGAUUUCUUCCAUACUCCAGAAUCUGAAAAGAGUGGAACGACAGUUGCUAGUAAUUGAUAUCAUGGUGGACCCUGAUGGUACGUUGGAUGCUCUGAGCAGUCUGGGUCUGACCAGUCCACUUAUGGCUGAGAACAGAGUUAGUCCUGGCUCACAAGAUCCACCUGGCAACCAGGCUGCGGAAAUAUCAGCCAGUUCGACCGCACUGCCCUCUGCCUAUUCAGAGGUUGCAGAACGAGAUCUCGGCCUGCAGGAGAGGAGCAAAGAGCAGAACAUUGCCAAACAAAACUGAAUUACUCUGAACGGUUUACACAGAGAUCCUGCGCUGGUUUUCAAAGGCCAGGUCAUCAGGACUUUUAUGUGAAUAAUGUGAGGUAUGCUGUAAAACUUCCUAUAUGGCAUUGCAUUUAAAAGUUUGCUUCAUGAAUUCUAUAUAUCCAUGGACGUAUUUUCAAAAAUUAAAGAAAAUAUUUUGAAAUAUCAA